AUAUUUUAAUUUAAAAGCAAGUGUAUACAUUGGCAUUUUAACUUACAGUAAAAUGAUGUAUGCAAUUGUUGCCUUUGAUGAGGAAAAUAACACUGACUAUCUACCUCUAAUUUGGCUUGUUAAUGCGAUGAGCGAAAAUGUUCUGUCUAUAAUAUCUUCAAGGAAAUCAACAGAUUUUUAUUGGCCACGCUGGACAAAUAUGAAAAAAAUUGACGCAGCAAAAUCAAUCUGUCAAGACCCAGAAGUUGGUUGGCUGCGAUUUUCUGGAAGAAUUUUGUCCACUGCUGACACAGAAUCUGAAGCAAAAGAAAAAUGUAAAUAUGCAGAAGAUACAUCAAAUGUUGAUGAACUAUAUCUAAAAAAUCGAAAAAGGUCUAUAAAGUUCAACAAUUUCAUUUCGAUAGAUGGAAGAUAUUUACAUUCUUUUGUAACCUUAUAUGAUUAUAAUAAAAUAAUCUUAAUACAAUUAAAAAUAAUAAUGCUUGUAUUCCAUAAUUAGCCAGUCUUCUGAAAAAGAUUCUCAAGUAAAGUUAUUUGAAAAAAGUUAGUAAAAUAUUACUUAAAAUAAAGUUUGUUUAUAUAUAGAUAUACAGGACUUGUUUUAAAUAAAAUAUGUGUAGCAUAAAAGCGUAAGCAUUUUUGCUUUUUAGAAAAGGAAAUUGAAUCUAUUUUUUUUAAAGAAGAACUUAGUAAAUCAAUAAAGAAAAAGAAAACAGAGUCAACAAAAGG